CUUUUGGCUUUCGCAAGGUGCAGUCGCGUCGUGAUCGUGAUCUUCUAUCCUAUUAUAAAGAAAAGUGAUUCUACAAAACCCCGAGGAUAAAUAAUAAACCUUUAUUCUUGUUGAAGACAUGAACACGUGCUGAUUAUUUUGGACCAUCGAAAUAUGCAAAGACAUCCCAGCACAAUGAUCGGGUUUGUUCUGCCCCUGAUCUUCAGCAUUUUGCUGGUCAGUAAGCCAUUGCCUUCGGAGGCUCAGGAUGAAUCACUGGCUGGCAGUUUUCUAUCAGGCCUUUUGGAUACCAUAACGAGCACAGCAGAUGCCAAGGAUUGUCCGGGAGUUUGUGUCCACACCUUGGCUACUUUAAUUUGCUACGAAGUUCUAGACGAUGUGGCUUGUCCUUCGGCCAGCAUGAAGUGUUGUAUAGAGAAUGCUCCAGCUGGUAAAAAUGCAACUGCUGUGAGGGCGACGACAACGCCAAAAACCACAACCACUGCCAGCACCACUACAACUCAGAGGACAACCACUACGUUGGCCACUACUAGCACCACAAAGCGCACCACCACCACUAGUACCACGGCAAAACCCAAGCCAAAACCACAGACAAAGCGACCCGCCACUAGCUCCACCACCAAAGCCACAGCGGCGACCACCAAGAAACCCAGCACCACCAAGAAGGUGGCCACUGCCAAGCCCAAGGACAAGGAGGAGGCCUCCAAGGCGGACGAUUCCAAUAAGGACUGCACCGGAGUUUGUGUAGCGGAUCGCAUUGCGGAGUACUGUGAGGCCUAUUUAACUAGCGAUGGUCUGUGCAAAGAGGGCACCAAAUGCUGUGUUUCUCUGGACGAAUACUCCAACGGCAAGCUGCCUAAGGAUAUCUACAUUCCAGCCAAACACAUGAGCAACUUGAAGCCCAAUCAGACGCUAGCCGAGAAGUCGGCUCCCUCGAAGAGUUCCAGUACCUCCACUAGCAGCACCACUAGCACCACCAGCACCACCUCAACCACUCCGGAACCGGCUAGAACCAAUAAUAGUUCCCCCAAGCCAAGCAAGCACAAGAAACAUCCGACGACGACUACUACAGAGGCUGCCGAGGAGGAUGAGGAUCAGGAGACGGAGGAGGAUGGCGAAGAGGAGGAGCCACCACUGAGUAACAAACUAAAAUCCGGUCAAGGUCAAGGUCAAGUGCUUAAAGAAUGCGAAGGAGAAUGCAUGAAUGGGAUAUUCGCCAUCUUCUGCGAUGACAUCGAUUCGGAGGCCUUUUGUCCCGGCGAAGGAAGCUGUUGUGUGACUGGGAAUGCUUCGGAGGCACCACCAGCCUCCAAGGCUCCUCCAACCAAACCAGCCAUUAAACAUGCACCCAAACCGGCUGCCAAACCAGCUCGUCCUGCCUCUCCACCUCCUGCACCACCAGCUUCCACUUCCGGAGGAGGAGGAGGCGGCGGCGGAGGUGGUGACUUCCUUUCCCAGAUCAUAUCCUUUGCCGAGAGCACUCUAAAUUCACCAGCUCCUCCACCACCGCCACCACAGGCUCCCGUUCAAGUGCCCCGCUGUCCAGGAUUCUGUCUGCUCAACAUUAUGGCCGCUUUCUGCGAGAGACCCUCGGUGCUGGUCUCCACACAAACCACCUGUGCCAAGGGGUCCGUGUGCUGUGACAAUUCGAGGGCAGGAGCACCCAAGCCCAAGCUGCCACCACCCACGCCCUCGCCCACCGCACCGCCCACUGCGCCGCCGUAUGUCCUGCCCAAUACCCCGAGUCCCGAUCCACGAGAGGAAUGUCCCGGUUCCUGCAUCGUCAGUCUGCUCAGCUUCACCUGCUUCAAAAACGCCGAGAUGACAGACAUGUUCCGCUGCAAGCGUUCUGGUCAGAUUUGCUGUGCGCCCAAGAGCAAAAUCCUGGAGAAGCAACAGUUCCAGACGCGCAACGAUACCGCCUACUAUCCGGCACCUCCGCCACCGCCCAUUGGACCACCACAGGCGUAUCCACCUCAGUCGCCACCGUACUCCUACAUGAGCAACCCACCGCCACAAGGACCGCCACCACCGCAGAUGCAGCCUCACCAUGUCAAUCCCUACCAGCCACCACCACCGGCACCGAACUACGGAGAUUACUACCCAGUUUCUGGACCUGGUCUUCAGGGCGGACUUCCCCAGCAACCUCAACCGCCGACGAUGCCACCUACGACCACGACCACAACCACGACGACUCCACGGCCACAUGUCUACUCCAAGUACGUUUGUGGUGUCAAGGGAACCCUGCGAACUGGACGAUCCCAAUCACAAGCUCUUUCCCUGGUCUCCUAUGCCCGCGCCAAGUACGGAGUACAGCGAACAGCUCGCCAGAUGACCUCCUCCGCUGGGUAUUCCAGUAACUUCAACAAAUCCAACGAACGUUUGGUUCUCGGUUCCGCCAUUGUGCCUAUACAGAUUCACAAUGAUAAACUAGGUGACCUUGUGGAGUCCAGCAGUCUGCAGAGCAACCAACUGCGUUCGUAUCACAAUCACCAGGAUGCUGAUCAGCCGGAACUGGUUUAUCCCGAGUACUAUCAACAGAAGCGAUCGCUUGAAGCACUCCAGUCCAAUUUCACUGGUCGACGAAGGGCUCGUGUGGUGGGCGGCGAGGAUGGCGAGAAUGGAGAGUGGUGCUGGCAGGUGGCUCUUAUUAACUCGUUGAAUCAAUAUCUUUGUGGAGCUGCUCUAAUCGGAACCCAGUGGGUCCUCACGGCAGCCCAUUGUGUCACCAACAUUGUUCGUUCCGGAGAUGCGAUUUAUGUACGUGUGGGUGACUACGAUUUGACCCGAAAGUAUGGAAGUCCUGGGGCUCAAACACUGCGCGUGGCCACCACAUAUAUCCAUCACAAUCACAAUAGCCAGACUUUGGACAACGAUAUUGCCCUGCUGAAGCUCCAUGGCCAAGCGGAGCUCCGGGAUGGAGUGUGUUUGGUGUGUCUCCCAGCUCGAGGAGUCAGUCAUGCGGCGGGCAAGCGAUGUACUGUGACGGGAUAUGGUUAUAUGGGAGAAGCUGGUCCCAUUCCCCUGCGAGUUCGUGAGGCGGAGAUUCCCAUUGUGAGCGAUACGGAGUGCAUUCGGAAGGUGAAUGCCGUGACGGAGAAGAUCUUCAUUCUGCCCGCCUCCAGUUUCUGUGCCGGCGGCGAGGAGGGCCACGAUGCCUGCCAAGGCGAUGGAGGUGGUCCGCUGGUCUGCCAGGACGAUGGAUUCUUCGAGCUGGCCGGCCUCGUUUCCUGGGGCUUCGGUUGCGGACGCCAGGAUGUGCCCGGCGUCUAUGUGAAGACCUCGUCGUUCAUCGGCUGGAUCAACCAGAUCAUCAGCGUGAAUAACUUAUAGUGAGAGGAAUGCUUCAUCAUCAUGUGUGCGGAAGGAACCCCGCUCUUGUGGCAAUUUCCGGGUCCAACAAAAAUAUAAAAUAGGCCUGAUUUAGCCUACGAUUGUUUUUCCAGGGGUUCCCGCUCUUCGACUGCUAACGUAAACCCAUCCUAGUGUAAUCUAUUCAUAUGCCUAACCCUAAAACCCUAACUCUAAUGGUUCGAAAAGAAACCCAGAAUGAAACUAUAUUAACUAUUACGAUUAUCGGUAGCGUAGACGGCAAUCUUUAAAAGUAUUCCCCUAUUUGAUAACGCCCUAUGGUUAACUGUUUUUGUAUAUACCAAAUAAAUACAAAAAAUCUUCAGUUA